AAGUUGCUUUUUUAUAGAUGUCAGGGCAGUUUCCUGUAAGUAAGUCCAGUGAAAUCUGCAGGGUUUCCAGCUCUCGCAUCUGGCGUGAUAUACGCUUUCUGACUCAUGGCCACGCAAAUAUUACGGCAAAUCGAUAUUAUUCCAUUAUACACAUAAAAGUAGCUACACCAAAAGCAUUUUGUAAGUUUGUAAACGAUACGCACUAUUUACAAGGUAAAUACAUGUUAAAUACAUAUGGGCAGCGUGUAGCUCAGAGAACAUAGCCAAUGUGCCUGGUGUUCUUUUCAAAUACAUACUGGAUCAUGUAAUAAAGACCAAACAAAAAGUGAAAAUCACAUAAAAGAAACAUAAUCAAGAACAAUGUAGACAUAUUAUAACGGACACCAAUGCAAUAAAGCGUGCGAUUUUCCGUAUGAUCUGGGAGUAGGACAACAGUGACACAUGCUGGCAAACAGAAGAACUGGCUGUCCAAAAAUAUCUGAUCAGCCUGACAGGCAAGUGUGGCACAGGUGAGCGGAUGUAGCAGGUGAAGGGCAGGCAGCCCCUCCAAAGCACUCCAUGGAGCAGAUGGGGGGUGGCAGCACUAGGCAGCACCCCCACGAACCUCCUCGACCCCUCCUUUGAUGUGGCGUUGGCCACCUGUCCAGUUUGGAGCCUGCUGCCAUGGCAACCAUUGCCGGACAUCAGGGGGCUCUGGCGAAGACCUCGGCGAGAAUGUGGAGGAGCUGGUGUCAUGCCAGCCAAUGGGAUCGGAGCGGAUGGAGAUGCGCAAGCGGCAGCGGAUGGUGCAGCACGGCGCGGCCGAUGACGGCUGGACUCAGCGCGGCUUGGGGAGCCCCGCCUCCAACGCCUGCUGCUUCUGCUGGUGCUGCUGCUGCAGCUGCUCGUGUCUUACAGCUAAGAAUGAAGAGGGGGAUGGCAGAAGCUGUGGGACCGUGCACGACGCCAAGAUCGAGGGCAGCGCCGACUGCGAGGACAGCCCAAAGCCCUCUCUGGAGGAGGUUCAGACCUGGGGCCAGUCCUUCGACAGGCUAAUGAAGUGUCCCAUCGGGAGGAAGGCUUUCCGGGAGUUUCUGCGGACGGAGUUCAGCGAGGAGAACAUGCUCUUCUGGCUGGCCUGCGAGGACUUGAAGCAUGAGACCGGCACGGUGGCCAUCGAGGAGAAGGCCAGGCUCAUCUAUGAAGAUUACAUCUCUAUCCUCUCGCCCAAAGAGGUGAGUCUUGACUCCCGGGUUCGAGAGGCGAUCAACAGAAACAUGCUGGAGCCCACCUCGCAAACCUUCGACGAUGCCCAGCUGCAGAUUUACACGCUGAUGCAGAGAGACUCGUACCCUCGCUACAUGAACUCCUCCGUCUACAAGAACCUGCUUCAGACCCUAUCAGAGCAGUGCCCAGAGUCGUAGUUCCAACAUUUUCCCAAACUCCACUUUGUUUGCGUCUCGAACCCAGUCCCUGUUCACUCAAACCGCCAUACUGCUGUCCCAACUUCAAAAAAGGGAAAUACCAGUAGAAAUUUCCCCAUUUUUGUUAUUUAAAAGACUCCGGGAGCACGGUAGCAUUACAUUUAUUUAGCAGGACCUUCGUCCAAAGUGACAUACAAGUGCGGAUCAGAGAGCACAGUCAGACAGUGUACCUGGAGCAUUUGGGGGUAAGGGCCUUUCUCAAGGGCUAGUUGUUAUGGUUACGCUACCAGCUAUGGGAUUUGAACCCAUACCUUUUCAGAAAUGGGCAUAAAUGCGUAACCCAAUAAGCUGCAAACAACUCCAGAGAAACAGGUACAGAUAGAGUUCACUAAAAUGUAUGACAGCAGCUCUGUUGGGCCGACCCAAGUGGAGCACGGUGUGGUGUUUUGAUUGAGUCGCAUCUUUAAGUGAUGCCCCAUAGACCUGGUUGCUCUGCUGGGGGGUUUAGACCUGCAGACCUGCAGCCGCUAUUCCUCCACCUUGGACCUCAGCCUCUCCAAACCUGAGGAAAGGGCCGCUUCCGAUCCAUGUCAUAGGACACUCCAAAGGAAAUUCACCAUGUUUGAUUUUUUUAUUUGAUUCUUCUUACCAUUUUUGUAUUGCUUUGUAGAGGAGAAAAGCUACCAGAGAACUAUACUUCUAAAAUCUGGCAAACAAAUGGGAUUUACCGUUCAGGAAAUAAUGUAAUCUAGUGUGGAAGGCAGGACGGUGAAGAAUUCCUGUCUGUAGAGAUGGAGAGUGACAGUGAGACUGGUUCAGGUGUUCAUGCUCUACCAAUGAGGCAGCCAAACUUGGUCUUCUAUUUGCUUGCUCAUUCGUUUGUCUAUUUCUUUGUUUGUUUGUUUACCUGUCUGUCUGUCUGUUUGUUUGUUUGUUUGGUUGGUUGAUUCUUUUAGAUUUUUUUGAUGUUUUCACUUCAUCGUUCAACACCCAUUGCAAACAUUCUUGGCAGCUCCAAAUUUCCAAAACCUCCUUGAGUGCAUAAAUCCCAUGACCCUCUGCUGGCUGGAUGAAUAAAUUAAGACAAUUAAGUCACUUAUGUUUAUCAAGCACCCAGUGAGUAAGAAUAAUUAUUUAAUUGGGUAAAAUAAAAACGGCAGUUCGAGCUGUGUUUUACAUAUCUGUAAAUUCAUGUGUCUUUAUGACAUUUCUGAUGUUACUACUAAUUAUAAAUGGACACAAACGUUGACCCAUUGGGGGCCAACCUUCAUUGCAGAAUCCUGCUUACAGCUAUUAAUUCUGACGUCAAACAGUCUCUAUGUUUCAAAGUUACCACAGACUUCAGCCGGGGAUCACUGUCAUCACAAGAACCGUAGUCCUAACAUACCACAAAAUACAGUUCUACGGAACCCUAACAUACCACGAAAUACAGUUCUACGGAACCCUAACAUACCACGAAAUACAGUGCUAUGGAACCCUAACAUACCACGAAAUACAGUUCUAUGGAACCCUAACAUACCACGAAAUACUGCUAUGGAACCCUAACAUACCACGAAAUACAGUUCUACGGAACCCUAACAUACCACGAAAUACAGUUCUACGGAUGACCCCUAUCUCCACCUCUCUCCCUCCUUCGUAUUCGUGUGGCAUUUUUGGUCUUGUGGCCAGCUAUUUAAAAAAACACCAAAGUCUGAACUUCAUUUCAGCCCAUAGCUCAUAUUCUCUCAGCUAUUUGUAUUUGUCCUCGGUUUUAAAAGAAAAAAAAAUAAGAAUAACUUGGAGCUGCCAGGUUUUUCUGUCUGUGUCCAUGUCACACGACGACGGAGACAUUCUUAGGGAAGUGCCUAGUCGUUCGGUUUGUGGCACCCAGCGCGUGGACAAUGCUCGUUUGAGCCUCUGAGCCACAUAAACAUAGUAUGUCUACCAGCUGUGGCUCCAGGUGACGCCUGUACCGGCAUUAGGCAUUAGGGUAAACUUACCACACGUGCGGUUUUACCGUAUUGGAAGAUGAGCAGAUCAACCUCAGAUUCUUAUUGGUCCAGAGGCAUGCUGCCUAUUAAUGAUCUUCUUUAUUAUAUAAAAUGUGUUAUUUUGAAAAGUCAGAGUUUACUAUCAGGAAUGUUUACAGUGUUUUAGAGUGUUCCUUGUCUGUUUAUCUAAAGGAUUAAUAACUGGGGCAUUUUGGUUAUUUAAUAAACAAUAAAGCACAGUAGUUUUA